AUGGACGGUCUAGCCCCGGAAUCGAGGAUCUUUUCCACUCCUGUGAAAAGCGUUUCGGAAGAGAAGUUUAAAAGCUUGCGAGAGAAAGUUGGACGUGAAUCACCUUACCUUUACCGCACAAAGCAACUUUCGGAUGUGACCAAAAAAGUGGAAUACGACGGAGAGAAUUCAGCUUCGAAAUUGAGCUCUCAAAGCGUACCGAUAACCAACAACACACCAGUAAAAGACACAGUCUCAGCAGAGCCCGUUCCAGCGGCUUUCGCCUUCGAAAAUAAAGCUUUGGGUCAGUAUUCGCGUCGAAUCGUGAACAAAGAGCUCGAAACUCGUCGCAUCAUAUCGAAUUUGGUCGCCCUUUUGUUGUGGAACUUGGCCAUCAAGUUUUUAACGCUUUUUCUACAUCAUACGAGCAACGGCAUCAAUAUUCAGCGGACUUUGACUAAAUGGGUUCAAGAACUUGUCAUUUAUCGUUUAUUUCCUCGAGUGAAUCUAGAAUACUCCACUUUUGCUCAUAUUGCCACGAUUGCCAAUCUUUCUCACAUAUUCCACUUGAUCGUCUUCUAUAACAUCACCGUUUCGCUUUGGCGGCUGGUUCUAAAGUCGCAGAACGUGAAAAUCGACGAUUUACAUUUGAGCGACCGUCAAAAACAACUGCUAGGGGUGUCAGACGUGCCUUCGACAAAAAAGCCACUGCCGAACCUCUCUCUAUCAAGUAACAUCGGUAUCAAAGAUCAGAAGGCCCAGCUGAAUAGGCCGAUGUCGCCAAACAAUAAUGCCACGCCUUUGUUCUUAUUCAAGUCGCUUCAAACUCCCCUUAAGUCUCGAGAACAAAGCUCGACAGUACCUACAAGCACUCGUAGUGCUUAUGUGAAGAAAGUUAACGCAUUUGGGGACCUGAAUGCUUCUUACCAAAGGAAACCAAGCUUGACGCCGGGCCAAAUAUCCUCGAACGCUUUCACCACCCCAAAAAGCCGGAAUGGUUACAUUCCCAGCAGUAAAUACGCAUAUAUGCGGGAUUCUCCAAGCCCGAGGAAAACGUUGUAG